AUGGGUUCCUUACUGCUGCAAUCGCCCACAGUGGCGAUGGGUUCAGUAUCCCGCCACCGAAGCCUCCGCCUGCCUUUGUUUCACAUGCCGUCGAUAGACUACUACCACCACCACCAUGAACAACCACAACGUCAGAGGACGAGGCGGAGGAUUGGAGGCCGCGUAUUUGUGAAUAAGGAAGACACUGGCACCGAAAUGAGCGUCACUAGUUCCACUCCAUUACCACAAGGAGCAGACAGUGACCCAGAUCUUCAGGACCUUGAAUAUGUCUCCCAAAUCAAAAGAGUUUUGGAGCUUCUAAGGAAAAAUAGAGACAUGCUCUUCAAUGAGGUUAAGUUAACUGAUGAAUUGGCCGCUGUUUUAGUAGAAGUAAAUGAAGGUAAAAUUCCAAAAGAUCGUGUAGCUUUGCAGAUGCUGGCUGAAGAAAUUACGCAAUGGCCUAGUUUAAAGGUUGAAAUAACACCAAAGAAGAAACGGCCUGGAAAAUCUUUAUAUGCAAAAGUCACAGACACAGGUAUUGAUCCACGAGAGGCUGCCAAGAGACUGAAUAUUGAUUGGGAUUCAGCUGCUGAGAUUGAGGAUGCUGAGGCAGAUGAAGUGGAAGUGCCAUCGGCGGUGGGAUAUGGAGCUUUAUACCUGGUUACAGCAUUUCCAGUCAUUAUUGGCAUCUCUGUAGUGCUCAUUCUAUUUUAUAAUUCUCUCCAAUAA